AUGCCCCUACCACCACGCUUUGCUGAUCUGAAGCGAGAAAUAGCAGAGUCGUACCCGGAUUUUGAGAGACGUGUGACGGAUGCUUGGGCUGAGAUUGUGAAGCAGCUUGAGGAGACAAGUGAGGCUAUUAAGAGGGAGGGGUCGGAUUAUAUACCUCAAGUCCAAUUUGACGAGCUGCAUAACCUCCCCGAGGAAACUGUUCAGAGAAUUCGAAGAGUCGGAAGUGUGGUUAUUGGAGACGUGGUGGAUGAUGCGGACGCGAUUGCUUGGAAAAAGUCGCUGGAUGAGUUCGUGUCGGCGAACCCAGGCGUCCAAGGUUUCCCGGGUAACAAUAAACAGUUCUUCCAGCUCUACUGGACCAAACCACAAGUCCAAGCCCGAUCACAUUCAAAUGUCCUCGCAACAACAGUGUGGCUUAACAACAUUUACCACGUGAAGGGGAACGAGGACUUGGAAGGCGUAGACCUCUCCGUACCCCUCUCUUAUGCGGACCGUUUUCGGAUUAGACAUCCUGGCGGUGAUUGGUCUAGUUUCCCGCCUCACAUCGAUAGUGGCUCGAUUGAGCGAUGGGAUGACCCGGAUUUUAGAAGCUGUUUUGCGGACAUUUUACAAGGGAAUUGGCGCCUGCAUGAUCCGUAUGAGCUGGGGAGUCGAUUGAAGGCGAAGAGAACGACUUAUAAGCGAUCUGAUGAGUCUACUCUUUUCAGGACGUUCCAAGGCUGGUUGUCCAUGAGUGAAACUGGACCUACGCAAGGCACACUUAAAGUCUUCCCGGACGUGGGGCUAUCUAAUGCGUACAUCAUACUACGACCAUUUUUCCGGCCCCUCGUAGAUGUGAAGUCUCCGGAAAUAUAUGACCCCAAGAACUGGUCUUUUGAUAUCAGUACUUCCGAUUUUCCUGGUAUCUACGAAGGUGGUGGGGGAUACACUGGUCCGAAACCGAAUAUUUACACGCACCCGCACCUCCGGCUCGACGAAACGAUGACGUCCUUGCCGAAGGUCAACCCUGGGGACAUGGUGUUCUGGCAUUGCGAUGUUGUGCACUCUGUGGAGAGGGAACAUACGGGUUUGGAGGAUUCUGCAGUGAUGUACAUUCCUGCAGUGCCUCUCACACCUCAGAAUGAGAGGUACGUUGAAAGACAGAAGGAGGCGUUUUUAGAGGGACGGAGCCCUCCUGAUUUUGGAGGGGGAGGCAGGGAGAAUGGGUUUGUUGGGGUGGGUGGUGUUGGCGAUAUUUCGACGCCUGCUGGAAGGAGGGCGAUGGGGUUCGCCCCGGAUGAAGAAGUACAAACUCCCCAUUCGCAAAAGUCGAAACUUUUGGCGGGGAAAAAGAGUGUUUCACGAAUAUCUCAUGCAUUCCGGGAACUCUUCAAAUAAAACUUGGCAAGUAUGUUCGUGAAGUGUACCUUUACACACCUAUCACAAAAGAAUGCAACUUGUCUUAUGUAUUGCAUGUAAAAUUAGCCCUCAAACUUGAGUGGCAUCUUCAAUAAUCUUUUGAAAUGGC